AUGUAUCUGCCGUUUUCUUUCUAUUCAAAGAUGGCUUCCCCUGCUAUUGCUUUGGCCUUUGUUCCCCUUCUGCUGACACUGAUAAUCAGGUACCGCUACUACUUUGUGCUGUUCUAUCGGGCGGUUCUGGUUAGGAUUUGGAAGGACUGUGUAACUGGUUUGAGCCGAGAAGAGCGUGCGUUCCAGUACGUUCUGACUAACUCCACACCUGGGGACCCAGACAGCAUCCUGGACGCUUUUGAUUACUGGUGCAGCAAGGUGGAGUUCAUCAGCAACAUUGGGCCUAAAAAAGGUAAGAUCCUGGACCGCCUUCUGAUGGAGCAAAACCCUUUAACAGUGCUGGAACUGGGAGCUCAUUGUGGAUACAGCACCGUGAGAAUCGCCCGGGCUCUUCCUCUUGGGGCCCGACUCUACAGCAUCGAGAUGGAUCAAGGGAACGCAGCCAUUGCUGAGAAAAUCAUCCGUCUGGCAGGAUUUGACGAUGACACGGUGGAGCUCAUUGUGAAUCCAUCUGAUGAAGUAAUACCUCGGCUGCGGUCCGACUACAACCUGGAUAAGCUGGAUUUUGUAUUUAUGGAUCACUGGAAGAAAUGCUACCUGCCUGACCUACAGUUACUGGAGGAAUAUGGUCUGCUGGGAAAAGGGUCUAUGAUUGUGGCUGACAACGUGCUGUUUCCUGGGGCUCCGAAGUUCCUCCGAUACCUCCGGAAGUGCGGCUUGUAUGAAUGGAAGAUCCACCGAGCCACACUGGAGUACAGCAGGGGCAUCAGGGAUGGGAUGGCUGAGCUCAUCUACCAGGGAAUUAAAUAA